AUGGCGGCACAUGCAAUCCCCAACUACAGUCGCGAUGUCCGUCAUGGCAAGUCUGGCUCGGGCUCGUCACUCGGCUACGGGCCAGUCCCCGGCUCGCCAACUCUCACGAACCCCGAUAUGAUCUUACCCGAUUACGAUUGCAAUGUCUCCCUCGAUGGUCGCUCACAGUCGCCUCUCAGGAUAUGGAAUAAUCCCCAAACUACCGAUAUGCGCUUCCAUCUCCCUUCCACGCAAAACCAAUUUAUCGCCGGACCCAUCACUCCUUCUACGCCAAUCAUAUAUGGAAACGGUACUAUGCUGUCGGAUAUUGGAGAGGUGACAGAAGUCGAGAGUGUGGUGGGAAAGGGGCGGCGCGGCUCGCAUUUGUCCGUUUACAGCAAUGAGGAUCACGUCCUGGGCUCUUCGCCCACCAUGGGCGUAUCGCGCAUCAAAUCAAGAUCACAGAUCUUGCAGCGCGAGAGAAAAUCAUCGAUCGAUUCUAACAGCACAAUUACAUCGCAAGGCCGUGCGGCAACGUUCGGCGACUUUGACGACUCCGCAAGUGUCGACGAUGUUCACUUCCAGGGCGACGACGAGGAGAGUAUGGCUUCAUCAUAUGUUGAGGGAACAGCUACACAAGAACCCAUGCACGUACUCGUACAUCGUGCCCAGGAGACCGUAGAACAACGCUAUUCGACCAGUUCUCUUGGUGAAAGGGCGGAGCAGAUUCUGGCAAACGCCAAGCAAAGAUUAACGAAAAUGGAGGGAAAUCUAUCAAGAGCAAGAAGCUCUUUAUAUACGCCAAUGUCGGACGGCUCGACUCCGUCUCCCCCAAUUGUGCGGCCUGCGACAUCCUUACGAGAGUCUACUACACAGGACUCAGCUCAAGGGCAUUCUAGGAAUACCAGCGAGAACAACUUACAAAACGCCCUUCCUAGCCCAGGGUUCCCGCAACGAUCAGCCAGUGCCCUCGGAGCUGCUGGAGGCUAUCGCCAGCCAUUAACUUCAUCCAGAAGUGCGGAUACUCUAGGAAUAGGCUACGGUGCCUCCUCUUACAGGAGUCCUACAGGCGUUCUUGAUCCCACGCUGGAAACUUUGAGCGAAGAUGAGGGUGGCGCGAACGGGGACAGUCGACGCAGCUCUUAUAAUUUUAACCAGCUUAGUCCGUCUUUCGGAUCCAUGACAGACACGGAUAUGCCCAGAUCUGCAUCAGUUGCUCAAGUCCGCGAUUUGAAGCAUCAAAUGAAGGAUUUAAAGGGAAAGAUUUCCAACCUCAAGGAGCAGGCAAGGGCCGACAGCUUGAAACGCCGUAGUCUGCAAAGUCUGAGGACUCCCAGCCCGUUCACCCACGCACGAUGGGAUCAAGGAUUUCCGGAGUCUCGAAAAUCCCAAGAUACUACACCGGAAACUAGUCCCUUUCUACCACCUUGGAAACAGGAGUCCCAAGAUAAGACGAAUGAUCAAAUUUCACCUAAGCAUGAUACAAAUGGUGCUUCUGAGUUGGAACAAACCAAGGCGGCAGAUGACGAGUACGUGGAUGCUGAGUACGAAGAUACCCCCAGCGGCCCUGAAAUGUCGGGCGAUGCUAUAAUCCACGAUGAUGUGGUGUCUCCUCGACUAGCUGCAGAACCCGACCUGGGAGACAAACUUGACGCGCAAGACGACGACGACAUGAUUGAUGACGGCGAAACAUGGGAAGGGGACUUGGAACAAGACGGGGAAGAGGUGAAGCAAGUAGAGCAACAACACAACCUACAAAACGGCGGGCACGCAAACGAUAUGGACGAUGACGAUGACGACGAGUUUGUGGACUUUGAGAGCGAAAGCGGCGAGUCAUCAUACCACGAUGCAUUCCAAGUUCCUGUGUCUCACGAGGAUCGCGAGGAUGCCUUCGACUACGAGCAUUUCUUCUUGCACUCAGCAAUGGGAUCGAUGAGCCAGCAUCGACGAGAUAGUUGGAGCAGUGUGUGCUCGGGUGAUUCUGUUGAGACAACCCGUGGUCCAGUUCCUGCUCCAGCUACCGAUUUCGACUCUGACCAUGAACGAAGGCCAAGCGUUGACACCAUGUCAUCCUUCAGCUCGUUUACCACAGCCACCGAAGGUCGUUCGAGUCGAAGUUCAAAUCUUGAUGAUACUACAGAGACCGUUGUCGAUGUACCAGAUGAUUCCGGCGGGCCUCGGAGUUCAAAGCGCACGACGUUUGGGGGCUUCAAGUUCCCUUUGUCGAAGCCCAAUGCCAGGAAUGGUUCUGUUGAUUUACAUCAAAACCAACCCCGGCGUGCUACAGUGGUUCAUCGACCUGCUAGCAGCGCAGCUACCUACGCACGCCAUCGGCCUUCGGUGUCGUCGUUCGGAUCUACGGGAACAAAUCGAAGCUUCCCACUUGUUGACAAAAGCAAGGGGGCCAACGGGAUCUUGACGCCUACUAGCAGCACUCCUGGGGCAUCGCCCGACUCGGAGCUCAGGCAGAUCUCCCAAAAUCUGCUAAAUGAAGCAGCGAGCCUGGGUGGCAUUGAGAACGGCCAAAACAACGGCAAUGCUUCCGCUGUGCCGGGGCUUGACAAGGAGAGUCAGAUCUUGGUAGAGAGGCUCGUGGCCAGUCUUGGGAAGUGCGUCUUGGGGUUGACAGAAUCCUCAAGGGCCGGUUCAGAGGCGCGCAUGUAUCGCCGAAGGAUUGAUACCGCCCGACGCAUACUCGAAGGCCUUGAAGACUGA